CUCCCAUGUUACUUACUAAGAUAAAGAAAAUAGAAAGUUGUUAUUGGCUUAUCUGUAUUUAAGUAAACGACUGAACAAUUCCCUUGGUUCGGUCUAUGUUACUCUUCUGUUUCUCCACAGGUCCAAACUUAAGCUGCCUCUUUCAGCCACUCUUAUGAGAUGGCCAACCAACGCUGCCUUGGCAUCGCUCCCCAACCGCCACCUCCGUUCGCUUAUUCGAGCAUGCACGCGCCAAUGCUCUAUCGACAUGGGCAAGAAGCUUCACGCAGCCAUUAUCACCGGCGGCCUUGCCGCCAUGCCAGACUCAUUCCUUCACAAUGCCCUCCUCCACUUAUACGCCGCCCAUGGCAGUGUAUGCUCUGCCCGCAAGCUGUUCGAUGAAAUUCCCAACUCGCACAAAGACGCUGUGGACUGGACCGUCCUGAUGGGCUGCUUUUCCCGCCACGGCAUGCCCCAAAGUGGGCUUCGUUUGUUUGUCGAAAUGAGAAGAGAAAACGUGAGGGUGGACGACGUGGCCAUGGCUUGCUUGUUCAAUGCGUGUGCUCGGCUGGGCAACGUUGAGAUUGGGGAGCAAGGGCAUGGGUUUGUGAUGAAGGUGGGUUUGGGUUCUAGUGUCAAGGCUUGCAAUGGGGUCAUGGAUAUGUAUGUCAAGUGUGGCCUAUUGGGUAUGGCGAGACGGGUGUUUGAAGAGAUGGGGGAGAGGAGCGUCGUGUCGUGGACUGUGAUUUUGGAUGGUGUGGUUAAAUUGGAAGGUGUGGGAAGUGGGAGGAGGGUGUUUGAUAAUAUGCCUGAGAGGAAUGAGGUUGCUUGGACGAUUAUGAUUGUUGGUUAUGUGAGUGUUGGGCUUAUCCGUGAAGGCUUUUCUCUUCUUGAAGAAAUGGUUUUUGGUUGUGGUUUGGGAUUGAAUUAUGUCACCCUCUGUUCAUUUUUAUCGGCUUCUGCGCAAUCGGGAGAUACGAUGACAGGCCGUUGGGUUCAUGCCUAUGCUGUUAAGGCAGUGGGUAAUGAGAUUGAUAUCAUGGUUGGCACAGCAGUGGUUGACAUGUAUGCAAAAUGUGGUAGAGUAGACACUGCGUUGAAAGUUUUCGAGCACAUGCACCAAAGGAAUGAAGUGACCUGGAAUGCUUUGCUUAGUGGGUUGGCAAUGCAUGGAAGGGGUAAACUUGUUCUGAAUAUGUUUCCUCAAAUGCUCAAAGAAGCCAAGCCAGACGAUUUAACCUUUACCGCUUUGUUGAGUGCUUGCAGCCACUCGGGCCUUGUUGAACAGGGUCGACAUUACUUUGAUAAUCUUGAAGCAUCAUACGGUGUAACACCUAAGAUAGAACACUAUGCUUGUAUGGUGGAUCUUCUAGGUAGGGCUGGUCAUUUAGAAGAGGCUGAAGUCUUGAUUAAGAAAAUGCCAAUGCCUCCAAAUGAGGUUGUUUUAGGUUCCUUUCUUGGUUCUUGCAGAGUCCACGGAAAGCUAAAGCUGGGCGAACGCAUUCUGCAAGAACUGGUUCGAAUGCAUCCCCACAACACAGAUCAUCAUGUCCUGCUUUCAAACAUGUAUGCUUUAGGUGGAAAGCAGGACAAGGCUAACUCACUGAGACAGGAUCUUAAGAACAGGGGUAUAAGAAAGGUGCCUGGAAUGAGUUCAGUUUAUGUGGGUUGCCAAGUUCAUCAGUUCAGUGCCGGAGAUAAGUCACACCCACAGACGAUGGAGAUUUACGUGAAGUUGGAUGAGAUGAUACAAAGGUUGAGAUUGGCUGGUUAUGUCCCAAAUACUGGUUCUCAAGUUUUCUUUGGCGUUGACAGUAGAGAUGAUGAUGCAGAUAAGCUGGAGGAGAUAGAGCAGGCAUUGUUUUGCCACAGUGAAAAGCUGGCAGUCUGUUUUGGACUUAUAAGCACAAGAGCUGGCUCAACUCUUUAUAUUUUCAAGAAUCUGCGGAUAUGUGUAGACUGUCAUUCUGCUAUGAAAAUAGUUUCUCAUGUUUAUAACCGAGAAAUUGUAAUCAGGGAUCGGAAUCGAUUUCAUUGUUUCAAGCAAGGUUCUUGUUCUUGCUCUGAUUAUUGGUGAUGUGUUUGUACAUAAAUAAUGCAAGUGGUGAUUAAUUAGA